AAAACCGGAAGCUCGUGUAGUCGGACUGCUGUUGUUGACACUGCGCACCAUAGCAAUACUGUGAAGCUAUGAUUUAUUAGAUUUCUGUGUCUAAAUAACCUGAGCUUAAUACCCGAUGUUAAAGUUAUGUCACACUUGUCUUAACUGAACCUUUCGUUGAUUGUUUUACAUUUCUCUGUCCGCUGAGGCAGCUAACUUUGACAGGUAGCUAGCAUAAGAAGCUAACGUUGAAUAGGACGCUAUGGGAGGAAAACUAAAGCUCAGUCAUUAGAAGUAAACAGUAAGCGUCCCUUUCAUUUCGAAGCGUGGUGUUUGCAGCUGGUUUUGACCUCACUCAAAAUAAGAUGGCAGUGGAGCUCGAUGUGUUCGUGGGUAACACCACUAUCAUGGAUGAGGAGGUGUACCAGCUCUGGUUGGAUGGAUACACAGUGAGUGAUGCAGUGAAGGUACGAAUGGAAGGAGGUGUGAUGGAGGAGUGUGAGGCCAGUGCAGAUGUUCUGCUGAGCGACACUAUGGACCAGUACAGGACCUUCCAGAUGUGUGAGCGUCUGCUGCACAGUCCAACAAAACUAGCAAAUCAGCUGCUGUUCCAGAUCACUCCUCAUCGACAAGCCGUCCUCAUAGAGAGAUAUUACGCCUUUGAUGAUGCAUUUGUCCGCGAGGUCCUGGGAAAGAAACUCUCCAAAGGAACCAAGAAAGACUUGGAUGAUAUCAGCGCCAAGACGAGUGUGACACUGAAGAGCUGCAGACGGCAGUUCGACAACUUCAAACGUGUUUUCAAAGUGGUGGAAGAGCUGAAGGGUCCCCUGGUGGAGAACAUACGACAACAUUUUCUUCUAUCAGACAAACUUGCAAGGGAUUAUGCUGCCAUCGUUUUCUUUGCCAACAACCGCUUUGAGACGGGGAAAAGAAAGCUGCAAUAUCUCACUUUCCAGGACUUUGCUUUCUGUGCUGGGCAGCUUAUCAACAACUGGACUGUGGGGGCGGUUGAUAACAUGGUGGAGGACAUGGACGUGGACCUCGAUAAAGAGUUUUUACAGGAGCUGAAAGAACUGAAGAUUUUAAUUGCUGACAAAGAUCUGCUGGAUCAACACAAAAGUUUGGUCUGCACGGCUCUCAGAGGAAAGACUAAAGUUUUUAAUGAGAUGGAGGCUAAUUUCAAGAAUCUUUCCAGAAGUCUUGUCAACAUCGCUUCUAAGCUCACCAACACAAAAGAUGUCCGCGAUUUCUUCAUUGAUCUUGUGGAAAAGUUUAUUGAGCCGUGCCGUUCUGACCGAUGGACAGCUGCAGACAUGAGACUCUACCUCACUCACUACACCAACUCCGCUCACAUACUCGACACAUUCAAACAUCAGGCUGUGUGGGACAGAUACAUGGGUGUCAUCAAAAGCUGCAUCUUCAAAAUGUAUCACGACUGAAUGGUUUUCCUUCAUGGCCCACUCCUCUCUUCUUUCCACUCUUCCCAUUUUUUCCAGUCUGUUCCCCCCACUGAAGUCUUUAUCUGAGUCCUUCAGUUUGUGGUUUCCCUGAUUUGUUUCUUUAGUGGUGAUUAAUUCUGCUUUUCAAGCUCUUUUAUCGUUUUCAGCCUCCCCGUCUGCACCUCAAGUGUCCCCACAUUGUCUGUCUGUAUAUUUGGCUUGUAAAUAAAAUGAACAUAUUUACAUCAAAA